AUGUAUUCCGCCGACCAAUUCAUGAACCCUGGGCCCGCUCCGCGCCCCCCUACCGACCGUCCAAAGCUCUCACUCCCUUCGAAUCCCUCCGGCGUAGCCACUUCAUUCAGUCAAAUGAGUCUCAAUUCUCCAAGUACUCCUGGAUCUGCCAAUCUGUCACUAUUUCCCAACACUAGCAGCCCGUCCCUCUCACAGACCAAGACAAACCAGACCGGCCAGGGGGGCGUUGCCGUCGUGAAAGAGGGCUAUGUGCGCUGCAAAGAAGACAAGUUUUUGGCUACUUGGAAUCAGAGAUACCUCAUUCUGCGCGAGUUCCGCCUCGAUUUCUUGAAGAAUGAGACUGGGAAGGUGGUCCUCUCCAUCCCACUCAACACUGUUACCAGCGUGUCCCGUUCCGAGGACACUCGGAUGGCUUUUGAGAUCAUUCGUUUGGCCAAUGCAAAGGAUGCCGCGUCCAAGUCGUCCUUGAUCACUCGCGACGUGCCCACCAAAACCAUUACCUGCGAAGUCAAAAGUGACGAUGAGAUCUAUGAAUGGAUUGACAAAAUCUACGAGCGUUGCCCUGGCAUGGGAGGUGUGAGCAAUCCAACAAAUUUCAGCCACCGUGUCCAUGUCGGCUUUGAUCCGCAAACCGGCGCCUUUGUCGGCUUACCCCCUGAGUGGGAGAAGCUGCUGACCGCGUCGGCCAUCACCAAGGAGGACUAUAAGAAGAACCCUCAGGCGGUGAUUGAGGUUCUAGAGUUCUACUCCGAUAUCAAGAUGCGCGAACAGAACCCGCAGUACUACGCUGGAUUGGCCGGUCCUCCGUCCGGUCAGCAGUCGAAGUCCAACAACAACAACAACAACAACUCGGUAGGCAGCUUGAUUGCUCCUCCGAGGCCGCCGCCUCCUGGCCCUGCUCAGCGUUUAGACAACGGUCACUCGCAGACGAGUCGCUCGGCAAAUUCGUCACCUUCGCAGAGGGCGGAGUCUGAUCGUGCUUUGGACCAGCAGCAGCAGCUCGAGAGAAUGAAGGAGAUGGCAGAACAGGAGCGUCGACGCGUGGAAGACGAGACCCGCCGGGCUCGUCAGCGCGAAGAUGAACAGAACAAACUUGAUCAGGAAGCGUACAAUGCCUCCAUCCCUAAGACUCGUGUUCCCCUGGCCAAGCAGGAGCUUGGCGGUUACGGCGGCGACGCCUCGAUGGCUGAUCGCUACAAGCCAAGCCGUCCCGCACCGCAAGCCCCGGGCUCGACUCGUCAAGAUCCUUCUCGUCAAUUGACUGCUCAGCGCCCAGCUCCCGCUCCCCCUACUACUUCCAGCAAUGGCAGCGCAAAGAAUUCGCCCAACGCUCGUUACGCUCCAAAUGAUCCACGUUCUCAGGCGGCUCGCGCCCAAGGCAAUGGCACCAAAACGGCACAGGGACCCCCUCCAUCCAAGCUUCCCGCGCCCGUGCAGGCUGUGAAACCGUUGAACAUUGCGAACAAGCAGACGACACAAAAAGGCAAUGUUCCGGACAGUGUUCGUCAGGCCGAAGCUGCACUGACCAAGAAGGCUGAACCACGCCACAAGGAGGUCCGCAUGUCGGCAAUGUCUGAAAAUGAGGUCAUGGAUCGACUGAGGUCCGUUGUCUCCAAGGAUAAUCCGAACGAGUCAUACAGCAAGCAACGAAAGAUUGGACAAGGAGCGUCAGGGUCGGUGUAUGUCGCGCGUGUUAAGGAGCACGCUGUCUCCCCUGUCGCACGGGAGCUCUACCGGCAAUAUGGCCCACGGUGUCAGGUUGCUAUCAAACAGAUGGACCUGCGCAGCCAGCCUCGCAAAGAGCUUAUUGUCAAUGAGAUUAUCGUUAUGAAGGACAGCCAGCAUGCGAAUAUCGUCAACUUUCUAGAUUCGUUCUUGCAGGAACAGAGUAAUGAGCUCUGGGUUGUGAUGGAGUUCAUGGAGGGGGGCGCCCUCACGGAUGUUAUCGACAACAACCCCGUUAUUCAAGAAGAUCAAAUUGCGACAAUCUGUGCCGAGACUUGCAAGGGUCUGGCCCACCUUCAUGGUCAGAAUAUUAUCCAUCGUGAUAUCAAGAGUGAUAAUGUCCUUCUGGAUCGCGCUGGUCAUGUCAAGAUUACUGAUUUCGGUUUCUGCGCCAAACUUACGGAAUCAAAGAGCAAACGUGCAACAAUGGUCGGUACUCCUUACUGGAUGGCACCGGAAGUCGUCAAGCAGAAGGAAUACGGGCCCAAAGUCGAUUGUUGGUCAUUGGGAAUCAUGGCCAUUGAGAUGAUUGAGUCCGAGCCCCCCUAUCUGAAUGAGGAGCCACUGAAGGCGUUGUACCUGAUCGCCACGAACGGAACUCCACGCUUGAAGAAGCCCGAAAAGCUGAGUAGGGAGCUCAAAUCCUUCCUCAGUGUCUGCCUCUGUGUCGAUGUCAACAGCCGCGCGACCGCCGACGAACUCUUAGAACAUGACUUCCUCAAGACAGGCUGCAGCCUGGCAAGCCUAGCUGAACUUCUUCGUUGGAAGAAGAACAGCGGCCAGUGA